AUGGAAAAAGGAAUCAAUCUUUUAGAAGCUUCCAUACUGGAGAGAUCUACAGGCUAUUUAGUUAGCCAGAAAGGAAUUGAUGCAAAUACAGAGAAGGUUCAAGCAGUAAUUGAUCUGGCAGAUAGACAUGAAAUGAUGAAGCUAAUUAGAAGAAUGACAUCCCUUUUCAGAUUCAACUCCAAGUCAACUGAGAGAAUAAUGUCGUUCUUCAAAGUUUUGAAAGGAAACAAAAAUUUUGAAUGGGGUGAAGAGCAGAGUCAAGCUUUCAGGCAAUUAAAGGAACACUUACAUAGUCUGACAACUCUGGCAAGACCGGUAACAGGUGAAACGUCAUACUUAUACUCAAUGUUAGAGAAAGCAGCUUAUGCUGUGAUUGUUGCUGCCAGAAAGUUGAGACCUUACUUUGAUGCUCAUCAAGUAGUGGUCUUAACAAAUAUCCCUUUGGAGAAGAGUUUAGAGAAGAUUGAAAGAUCUGGAAGACUGGCAAAAACCCAAGAUGAAAUUGAAGAACCAAUCUGGCUAUUGUUAACUGACGGGUCAUCAAGACUUGUUGGUGCAAGAGCUGGAUUGGUGCUGAUAACACUAAAAGGGAAGGUCAUCGAGUAUGCUUUGAAAUUCCAGUUCAAGGCUACUAAUAAUGAAGCUGAAUAUGAGGUGGUUAUUGCUGGGUUCCAGUUAUACAAAGCUUUGGAAGCAAGGAGAAUCAGUUUAAAAACUGACUCCUAUUUGGUGGUCAACCAGAUUCUGGGAGAAUAUAAAAGAUCAGUCCUAGUGGAGGUAAAACCUUUGAGUGCAAUUCAUGAGGAUGCAACAUCUGUCUUUAAUGUGGGCAACAAAGACAUUCCAGAUUGGAUGAGAGACAUCAUCCAGUAUAAAGAAACAAGAGAUUUCUCAGCAGACCCGAUUCAUGCCAAAAAGUUGAAAUUAAAAUCAUUACAGUUUUGCAUGGUAGUCAGAGAACUAUACAAGAAGGCCAAAAAUGGACCGUUACUAAAAGGUUUGACACCAUCUGAGGCUGAUUACAUUCUAAGAGAAGUUUAUGAAUGGUGUUGCAGCCAUCAUCUGGGAGCCAGAGCUCUGGCACAUAAAGCCAUCCGAAUUGGUUAUUACUGGCCAACAGCAACUGAAGAUGCCAAAUAUCUAGUCCAGAAUUGUGAGAAAAAGGUGGAAAAAUUCAUCUGGCAGAACAUUAUCACUAGAUUUGGGCUACCAAGGGUCCUUACUGUUGAUAAUGGAACUCAGUUUGAUUGUGCAACAUUGAGGAAUUAUUUGGAGGAUUUUAAAAUUGCAGUAGCAUACUCGUCAGUUUGCAAUCCACAGUACAACGAACAAGCUGAAGCUGCAAACAAGCAGAUCUUAAAUGGCCUACAGAAAAAACUGGAAGAUGCAAAAGCCAGAUGGGUGGACGAAAUUUAUGAUGUAUUGUGGUCAUUAAGAACCACAGUAAAAAAAGCAACUGGUCAGACACCAUUCAGAUUGGUUUAUGGAUCAAAAGCACUCCUACUAGUCGAAACCAGGGUGCAAACCAUAAGAGUCAAGCAUUUGAGUCAGGGAGAAAACUAG